CUAUACGUAUCUACAAGAACCAGUUUGAUCUACGAACACAAUUGAACAAUACUAGUCGUGCUCUUUUGACGCAAACGAACUUUAUUAAGUUCACGAUGUAAACAAUAAAAACAAAAAAAAGGUGAAGCAGCAACAGUUUUGGUUUGUGAAUGACGCCAGUGCUGGUGUUGACUGGAACUGGAAUGAUUGCUGAGAGACUGAGAGAACGUGAGAAUGGUCAAAGCAAAUCGAGGUAGCAGAGAAACAAACAUCAGUAUUGUUCUGAGCAGCGCUUACAAUGCAAGAAAAAAAAAGUAGCGCGCAAGAGGCAAAACAUUAUUAGCGAUAAACCAAAUAAGAGUUUAAAUUGCUUAAAUUAGACCAGACCAAUCCAACAGCAAAUCGUGUUUAAUUAGCUUAAUCAGAACAACUCGCACUUGCUCGGGGCACGACACCCAAGCCAACCCAGAGCUUAUACAUCAAGCAUCAGCGUAACAUGCAGGAUGGACACCGCCCAAUUGUCAGCUGGUAUAGACGCCAAGCAUCCGCAUGUAUCGUGGCAAUGGCUUUGCUGCUAUGCUGCUGUUGUGUUCCCUUAUCCAUUCAACAACAAUUGGAAAUUCUGGCGUCGAAGGAACCAGUUUACUACUAUGUGGGCUGUUACACGGCGAGAACGGACCUGCUGAAGGAGUCGGUGUACGCGAAGACACCUCAAACGUGCAUCGAGAUCUGCGAGCAUCAGGAUCACAGGUACGCCGUCCUCGCGGCCGAGAAGUGUUUUUGUGCCAAUCAGCUAGAGGCGCGUGAGAAGCAGGAUGACCAGCUGUGUCACACUAGAUGCAUGGCCAAUAAGGCGCAGUACUGUGGCGGCGUUGGAGUCCAUUCGUACUACUCGACCACGGUGCUGCGGCAACCGGCGCCACAUCAUUUGCGUGUGGUCAACAGCACGGAGAACAGUUUGAGUCUGGCGUGGGAUGCAUACGAUGCAAGAAAAGUGCUACAAGCUGGCGGCGCAGAGGAUCCUCUUAUGUCGCAGCAGCAAAUCCUGAACUUUCGUGUCAAGUGCCAUGUUUUAGAGACGUAUUCAAUUCUACCGCCGUUCCAGCAACCAGAGUUCAUUGUGCAGAGCAGUGAAACGGGACUCGAAUUGACCGAUCUUCAACCAUCCACGCUCUACAACGUUAGCGUGCUGGCCUUAUGUGCGGUACCAAGGCAACAGCAGGAGCAAGAAUGCGGUCAUGCCACACUCUUGGCCAGAACCAAGGUCGGUCUGCCCAGCCCAGCUCCCAAGCAGCCCAAAGUUCUAGCACGCACUCCGAGCACCAUCACUGUGGAACUGACCCCUGUGCAAAAUAACAACGGGCCCGUAUCCAAGCUGCUCUUCAUUGUGGAGUUUGUGGAUGACGCCCUUAGCCAACCCUUCGAUACACAGCUACUUGGUAGCUGGCAAGAGGCACAACAGAAUGGCGUGCCAUAUUACAUAGCCGCCGAGCUGGACUACGAUCGUCCUGAAGAUAAUCGCACCAGGCAUUUUGUCAUUGGAGAUGGUAAACGUUACGGUCGAUAUCGCAAUGUGCCGCUGGACCAACUCGCCAAGGACACAGCAAUGGAACGGGAGCCUCAUGUGCACAUCAGCUUGGGCGUGGUGAGCACACUGCAGAACAGCACAAAAAUACUUUAUACACGAAGCACACAUGAACAGCACGCCAGUUCUUUGGACGACUUUAGUUAUGCCACAUUCGAAAAGGGGCAAUCUUCGGUUGUCGCCUUGGCUGUCACAUGUAUCAUCUUUGGCAGCUGUUUGAUUCUAAGCCUUAUCACGUAUUUCUACUUAAGAUACAAAACGUGUCACGGCCAAGGAUUAAUAAGCUCUAGACGACGUAAUGCUCACGAGAUGACUACACAACAGACACCCAUUAUCGAGCGGGAGAAUAACGGUUAUCUAAUGGAGGACGAUGUGUUGCCCGCGUCGUUGGAAAGCUUUAAGCAACAGCUACAGCAAUUGGUCGAUGGCCUUGAACGGCAGCCACGGAAUGCUCUGAGACUCAACGUCAACGAUGUCAUUGGGUCUGGACGCUACGGUGAGAUCAUCAGUGGCAGGCUCACUUCGACUGAAACUGUGGCCAAAGAGUGUGCACUCCAUGUGCUAUCAAUGGAUGAUCUGAACGAUUCUCAGACACAGGCGCAUCUGCUGCGAGAACUACGCCAGCUGAAGAAGCUGAAGCAGCAACGUAACGAGUUGCUUCAAGAUUUCUAUGGCAUCUCUUCAAGUGCAGAUUGGUUCUAUUUUAUCUUCGAGCUGCACCGCGUGAGUCUUAAGCGACGCCUCAUCGAAAGUCGACAGGCUGCGCCUGCCCCCCAUCUGACCUCACUCACAGAGCAACUGGUCCUGCAGUGGAUGUAUGAAUUGUCUAGUGCCUUAUCGUACUUGGGCAGCUGCCAGGUGAUCCACCGCCAGCUCUCCGGCUACAGCGUAUAUGUCAAUGAUGAUUGCAAACUGAAGCUGAGCUACUUUGGACCUCCACACUAUGUGAAUGGGAAUGGCCAGCAGUUGGAUCCAUGUCGCUGGCUUGCGCCGGAAGUGCUUCGUCAUGGACAGAGCCAUGCCACGGUCAAGUCGGAUGUGUGGUCUUUCGCCUGCGUCGCCUGGGAGUGCUGUGCUUUAGGUGGCACGCCUUACGCUAACAUUCCCAAUAGUCAGCAACUCCUCGACGCCAUCCGGGCCGGAGUGCGCCCGGCUCAGCCCGUUUACGUCUAUGCUGAUCUUUACCAGCUGCUGCUCAACUGCUGGCAGCUGGAGCCGAGCGAGCGCAUUGGAUUUGAGGAUGUGUCUUUCGGUGUGCGGCAGCUGAUGACUUCGGCUCGUCAUGCGCUCUGUUUUGAUCGGUUAUCUUCGGACACUUUGGACACAUUGCCGCUUUAUCUGCCAAUGCUUGAGACGCAGAUUUAGUGGAAAUGCACUUUGUAUUUGAAUAGAGACGAGGAGACUCGGCUGGACAACAUAUUAUCAGUUUUGAAGGGAAUGUGCUUGAUGUAAUUUAUCGAUUAUUGUUUAAAUUGUGCUUCUUGUGUAUUUAUUAUGAACUAUUUGCAAUCCAUAAAUGGCGACCAAAAUAUAAAAACGAUAAAUGAAAGCUUUAAA